AAUUGUUAGGACGUCGUAGAUACUCUCACUUCAUACCUAAUUAGGACUUCUUGGGAUCUUUUCUCAUUUCAUACCUGCUAUGUAAACCAUCUUAUUUUAGACGUAGAAGCUUAUCUGGUGUCGCAAAUCAUGACAAUGGCUUGUAAAGCUCAACUGUCGAUACCAAAUGGCCUCUGGUUCUUUUCAUCUUCGCCCCCAUUGUCACACCCUUUCUCCAAUUCCAUCAAUUUCCGGAAGAAUUAUUUCCGAAGUCGAAUUUUGGUCCGCCAAACCUAUCAAUGCUGGAAUCUCAGACGAUAUGGUGGAGCUCUCUAUAGUACUUGUAACGCCAACGAUGGCGGCAGAAGCUCGGAUACUUUUUUACUCACCACUCCGCUUUAUUACGUGAACGCCCCUCCUCACAUGGGUAGUGCAUACACUACUAUCGCGGCCGACGCCAUUGCCCGUUUUCAGAGGCUUCUGGGGAAGAAGGUAAUCUUCGUUACUGGAACUGACGAACAUGGGGAAAAAAUUGCUACUGCCGCGGCUGCUCGUGGUUGGACUGCAAGUGAACACUGUGAUAUUGUUUCACAAGCGUACAAGGCUCUCUGGAGAGAUUUAGAAAUUAGUUAUGACAAGUUUGUCAGAACAACUGAUCCAAAGCAUGAAGCUGUAGUUAAGGAAUUUUACUCAAAGAUUUUUUCCAAGGGAGACAUUUACAGAGCUGAUUAUGAAGGAAUUUAUUGUGUCAAUUGUGAGGAGUACAAGGAUGAGAAGGAAUUGCUAGAAAAUGACUGCUGCCCAGUGCACUUAAAGCCAUGCAUUAGAAAAAAGGAAGAUAAUUACUUCUUUGCCCUGUCAAAGUACCAGAAGCAACUGGAAGAAAAGUUACAGCAAAGCCCUGAUUUUGUUCUGCCAUAUUUCCGACUAAAUGAGGUGCAAGGUUGGAUUAAAAGUGGCCUCAAAGAUUUUUCCAUCUCACGAGCAUCAGUGGAUUGGGGUAUUGCAGUUCCUAAUGAUCCUAAGCAGACCAUAUAUGUCUGGUUUGAUGCUUUGUUGGGUUACAUGUCUGCUGUUUUAGAGGAUAAGGAGAUGCCUGACUUACACCAUGCUGUUUCAUUAAAGUGGCCUGCAUCAUUACACUUAAUUGGCAAGGAUAUAUUGCGCUUUCAUGCGGUUUAUUGGCCUGCUAUGCUGAUGUCAGCUGGGUUUGACCUUCCUAAGAUGAUAUUUAGCCAUGGAUUCCUGACAAAGGAUGGCGUGAAGAUGGGGAAGUCCUUAGGGAAUACACUCGAGCCGACUGAUCUGGUUAAUAGAUUUGGAUCUGAUGCAGUCCGAUAUUUUUUCCUCAGGGAGGUGGAAUUUGGUAAUGAUGGAGACUUCUCAGAGGAACGCUUCGUCAACAUUACAAAUGCACAUCUUGCAAAUACAGUUGGAAAUCUUCUAAGCCGUGUGCUUGGACUACUGAAGAAGAACUGCCAAUCAACUUUGCCAUUUGAUUCAACUGUUGCUGCGGAAGGGAAGUCAUUGAAAAAGACUGUUGAAAAACUGGUUGAGAAGGCACAUAGCCAUUAUGAGAAGCUUGAAUUCUCAUCAGCGUGUGAGGCAGUUAUAGAGAUUGGUAAUGCAGGAAAUUCCUUUAUUGAUAAACAAGCACCAUGGUCCCUUUUCAAGCAAGGUGGUGUAGAUUUUGAAAUUGCCGCCAAGGAUCUCGUAGUUGUGCUGGAAUUAGUGAGAAUCAUAGCAGUCGCUUUAUCUCCUGUUACUCCAAGCUUAAGCUUGAGGAUGUAUACCCAACUUGGUUACACAAAAGACCAGUUCCACGCUGUGACUUGGAGUCAUACUGCUUGGGGCGGGCUGAAGGGAGGUCAAGUUAUGGCUGAACCACAACCAGUGUUUGCAAGGAUUGAAGAUCGAAGCCAGCAAGAUCAUAGGGGUGGAGCAUCUAAGAAAGCUAGCAAGAAAACAGGGAAAUUUUCCUCCAAAGACUAAACGAGUGGUAGAACACUCUCCUAUGGGUGGAUCCAGGAAUGAGAACCGGGGUGGUCUAAACAGAACCGGGGUGGAUCCAGGAAUGUGAUUAGUUUGUACUUCUUUAUCUAUGACUAGUGUAGUAUAGUUAUCUUCCAUUCUUUAAUAGUUGCAACAGUUUGACUUUGAUUGUCAUUAUAUUUAAUUACAUAUUACUAAACAUUAUAAAAAGUUAAUAUUUUGGAAAUUCACAUAAAAAGAAAU